ACAAGUUUCACAUACAUUCGACUUCCACAAUUUUUCUUUUUUAUGAAACACAAAAAACAACCGAAAAAAAAAACAUCAAAACCAUCAUUGGUUUCUCUUGUUUUCCUCAUCUUCAACCAAAUGGGCUUAUAUUUUCCUCACCACCUAGUUUUUUUCCUUCUUCUUGCACCACCCGUUCUUUGCCAAGUAAAUGAUUUUAUCAGCAUAGACUGUGGAGGCACAAGAAAUUUCACUGACACAAGUACAGGACUGGCAUGGAUUUCAGACACGGGACUAAUGAGCCAUGGAACUUCUGUACAAGUAGAAAAUCCAAAACCAAACUCAACCCAGUAUCUGAACCGCCGAGAGUUCCCCAUAGACGGCAAAAAGUACUGCUACACUUUGAGCACCCAAGAGCGGAGAAGGUACUUGGUCCGUGCAACGUUUCAGUACGGAAGCCUCAAAGACGAAGACACUUACCCAAAAUUCAAGCUUUACUUGGACGCCACUGAGUGGUCGACCGUCACCAUUUUCGAUGCCGCGAGAGUUUAUGUCAACGAAAUGAUUAUCUGGGCACCUUCUGAUUCCAUUGACGUUUGCAUUUGCUGUGCAACGACCGGUUCUCCGUUUAUUUCCACUCUUGAAUUGAGGCCUCUCACUCUCUCCAUGUACGCCACAGAUUUCGAGGACAGUUUCUUCUUGAGAGUGGCCGCUAGAGUGAACUUUGGCGCCACUUCUAAAGAUGCUAUAAGGUACCCAGAUGACCCUUAUGACAGAAUUUGGGAUUCAGAUCUUGAAAAGAGGCAAAACUUUUUAGUGGGUGUGGCUACAGGGACAAAGAGGAUAGAAACGUUGAGGAAUAUAGAUGUGAAUACUAGGGAACACCCACCAGUUAAAGUGAUGCAAACGGCAGUUGUUGGCACAGAAGGAAGGCUCAGUUAUAGGUUGAAUCUAGAAGGUUUUCCUGGGAAUGCUAGAGCCUAUGCCUAUUUUGCUGAGAUUGAGGACUUGGGUCCAAAUGAGACGAGGAAAUUCAAGUUGGACGAGCCUUAUUUUCUUGACUACAGCAAUGCAGUUGUGAAUAUUGCUGAGAAUGCCAAUGGAAGCUACACUCUUUAUGAGCCAAGUUACAUGAAUGUCAGCCUGCAGUUUGUUCUUUCGUUUUCGUUCGCCAAGACCCGGGAUUCGACCCGAGGGCCACUGCUAAACGCGAUUGAAAUUAGUAAAUAUGUUCAGAUUGGUGCAAAGACGGAUAAGCAAGAUUUGGCUGCUCUCAUUGCCCUCUGCUUGAUGUCUCCUGAAAUCGCGUUGACAAACGAAGGCGAUCCUUGUGUUCCAACUCCCUGGGAUUGGGUGAAUUGUAGCACCAAUGCACCACCGAGAAUAACAAUAAUUAACCUUUCAGCAAAGAAUGUGAAGGGUGGAAUCCCAUCUGAGCUUAACAAUAUGGAAGAACUUGCAGAAUUGUGGUUGGAUGGUAACUCUCUUACAGGGACACUACCUGACAUGGCUAAUCUUAUCAAUCUAAAAAUUCUGCAUUUAGAGAACAACAAAUUGACUGGUCCAUUACCUUCUUAUCUAGGCAGCUUGCCAAGUUUACAGGAACUGUACAUACAAAACAACUCUUUCAUUGGGGAGAUCCCUCCAGGAUUGUUAGCUCGAAAAAUUGUUUUCAAAUACCAAGAUAACCCUGGCCUACAUAAGGUGUCACAAAGCAAGAAGAAGCACUUGAAUUUGGUCAUUGGAACUGCAGUUGGGGUUUCCGUCCUUCUAAUAAUACUAUUGGUGGGAGGUUUAUUACUCAUCCGUACUCUCCGAAGAAAGGCAUCUCGGACAAAAAGCAGUGACAGAAAAGGUUACUCUCUGCGUGCUAGCACCAAAGCUUCAACCGCCUAUUCGAUUUCACGGGGAGGUCAUUUGAGGGAUGAAGGCAUAGCUUGCUAUAUCACCCUCUCUGAGCUGGAAGAAGCCACUAAUAACUUUUCGAAAAAAAUUGGGAGAGGUAGUUUUGGAUCCGUAUAUUAUGGAAGAAUGAGAGAUGGAAAAGAGGUGGCAGUCAAGAUCAUGGCUGAUUCGUCUAGCCAUGGGGACCAGCAAUUUGUGACUGAGGUAGCGCUCUUGUCAAGGAUACAUCACAGAAAUUUGGUACCUUUGAUUGGAUACUGUGAAGAAGAACAUCAAUGUGUCCUUGUUUACGAGUAUAUGCACAACGGAACCUUGAGGGAUCACAUACAUGGUUGUGCCGAUCAGAAGCGUUUAGACUGGCUAACUCGCCUUCGAAUAGCAGAAGAUGCAGCUAAAGGGCUCGAGUAUUUACACACUGGAUGCAACCCCAGCAUCAUACACCGGGAUGUGAAAACAAGCAAUAUUCUCUUAGACAUCAAUAUGAGGGCUAAAGUUUCAGAUUUUGGACUAUCAAGGCAGGCUGAGGAAGAUUUGACCCACAUCUCUAGUGUGGCAAGAGGAACCGUUGGCUACCUCGAUCCGGAGUACUAUGCUUGUCAGCAAUUGACAGAAAAGAGUGACGUCUAUAGUUUUGGGGUUGUGCUACUUGAACUGAUAUCGGGAAGAAAGCCCGUCUCGCAGGAAGACUAUGGGGCAGAGCUGAACAUUGUUCACUGGGCGAGAUCCUUGAUUCGAAAGGGGGACGUGGUAAGCAUAAUGGAUCCAUUUCUAGUAGGGAAUGUGAAAAUCGAGUCGAUAUGGAGAGUUGCAGAAGUUGCAAUCCAAUGCGUCGAACAACAUGGAGUUUGCAGGCCGAGAAUGCAGGAAAUAAUAUUGGCCAUACAAGAUGCUAUGAAGAUUGAGAAAGGAGCUGAAGGAAGCCAAAAGAUGUCUCCUAGCGGUUCAAAAGCGCAAUCUUCCCGGAAAACAUUACUGACCAGCUUUCUUGAAAUUGAGCCUCCUGACUUGUCUAAUGGCUUCCUAGUCCCCUCUGCAAGAUAGCCAUCAAAGGACUUAAAAAUACAUCAAAAUGAUCAAAGUAUAUAUACAGUCACUAAUAUUGCGAGACUUUCCACAUGUAAACUACAGCUCUUUUUGUUCCUUUUGUGAUGGAGUUGGCAAUAGUUUUGCACAUGUACAUGGGACAACAAGUAAAAUCAGCUUCUAAAAGCCUUUGUUUGAAGUUGCACAGCUUAAUAGAAAGCUUAUUAUAGAUGGGCUGUUUUAUUAGAGAAUUUUUCGGCGUGCCAUGAUAAGAUA